AUGCCUCAUGUCUAUGAACAUAAACUGGAAGAGCUCCUGGUGGAGCAGAAAAAACGCGAUCAAAAGAUGGCUGCGGAGAAUGGGCUAAAUUGGCCCGUCGUGCAACGCCUAGAGAAUCUGGAAUCUAUCCUGGAAUGGAUUCAGAGCAAUGCCGUCAAGGCCAAAUACAAUAUCGCCAGCAACGAUCAAAAUGUCAUACUUGCCUACCGAUCGGCUCUGCGCACAAGGCCCUUCAGGUGGAAUGAAUUCCAAUACCUCUAUGACAAGCACAAGGGAAAUGAGACUGGGUUUUGGGUCGAGGGUAUUGAUGGCCCUGGACCUAGCAGUCAACAGGCUGUGAUCGAAUGCGGAACGGGGUCCAGAAAGUGGGCAGCCGAGACAUCAAUUACUCUUCGGAUCCCUAUGACAGGCGGUAAACCACCACCUGGGCCCUUUGAAUUCCAGUUCAAGGAUGAUACCGGGGCCGAUUAUAUGGUCCUUUAUGACAAUGAUGUGGAACGACUAAGGACCAAUCUACCAGCAAAUGGCAUUAUGUACCCCGUACCUCGACUCUUGGGUGUGCUAGCCGUAACCUUGGGCGAUGGGAGCAAGGAAGCCAUGUUUGUAAGAGAAUUGGAAGUCAACAUGUGGGAUGAGCAAGAGAAGCGAUAUAUGGCAGCCAGUUGGGACUGGAUACCGGUUGUCGUCCUUCCUGGGGGUGGAGCAAAACGCCUGAAUGGUCCUUGGAUGCGUUGGAAGUUCUACACAGGAACAGCCCCCGAUAACUCGAACCGUUUGUGGAUAUAUGACUACAAUACCACCAAUCCCCUGAUGCGUGGACCAAGGCUUCCUACCGCGACUCAGGCACAAAUGGAUAGGCCGUUUCCGACUGCAAAUAAAUAUGAGAGCAUCGGAAUCAUCCUCAAUUUAACCCGGAUAUCCCGUCGGGGAAAUCAAUAA